AUGCUCCUCCCGCCGCCAAACCCGACCCUCAAGGGCCAGAAGCUCCUGAUCCUCUCCCAGUUUAAGCCCGACGACGACUUCUAUGCCAAGCUGCACUCCCAGUUCCCGGAUCUCAAGGUCGUCCACCACGAGCUCGGCUUCCCCGAGAAGAAGCCCGGCAGCACCUUUAACGAGAGCGAGUGGAAGGACGUGACGAUCCUGCUCACCGGCAGCGCUCUCCCGGACCCGGAGCAGGCGCCGAAGCUGCAGUACGUGCAGCUGCAGAGCGCCGGCGCGAACCACAUCUUGAAGCACCCGCUGUUUACGGACACGGAUGCAGUCUUUGCGACGGCGAACGGUGUCCACGGACCUCAGAUUUCCGAAUGGAUCAUCUCAACCUACCUCUCAUUCCAGCAUCAACUUCCCAAGUACAUUGACAACUUCCGCGAAGGAAAGUGGUCUCGCGGAAAUGAUUGGGUAGAAGACGCCGUCGGUCGCACAAUGCAAGUUCACUCCCUCAACACACUCCCCCCAUCACCAGACCAUCUCACUAACCUCAUCCCCAGAGGCAUCCUCGGCUACGGCAGCAUCGGCCGCCAAACCGCCCGCGUAGCCACCGCCCUCGGCUUCAAAGUGCACGCCUACACUCUGCACCCGCGCCCGACGCCCGAUUCCAAGCGCGACAACGGCUACUCGCCGCCCGGCCUCGGCGACCCGGAGGGCAAGUUCCCCGCCCAGUGGUUCUCGGGCGCCUCCAAGGCCGACCUGCACGCCUUCCUCGGCUCCGGGCUCGACCUGCUCGUCGUCGCGACCCCGCUGACCGACAAGACGAGCCACCUGCUCGCGGCGGAGGAGUUCCGCAUCCUGUCCCCGAAGAAGACGUUCGUGUCCAACAUUGCGCGCGGGCCGAUCGUCAACACGGACGACCUGAUCAAGGCGCUGGACGACGGGCUCAUCCGCGGCGCGGCGCUGGACGUGACGGACCCGGAGCCGCUGCCCGAGGGACAUCCGCUGUGGAAGGCCAAGAAUCUGUUGAUUACGCCGCAUAUCAGCGGUAUGUCGACGAGUUACACGGAGCGGAUCCUGGGGAUUUUGGAUCUGAAUUUGGAGCGGUUGAGUCAGGGGAAGAGACUUGUCAACGUUGUCAACAAGAAGGAGGGUUAUUAG